UGCGUCGCAAGUUUUAUUCUGGGUGUUUACCACGAUGGCGACUCGCAUCUUUGCCCGGUGUCUCCGCUCACUGCAGAAUUCAACAACCUCGCUACACGGUUCUUCCGCUGUAAGAAUCGCAGCGACAACCGUCGGUAGUCAAAGGCUAUUCUCCCAACUUUGCAGCGGCCAAGAAACGUGUUUGACACAGGUUCCCCGCCUAACGUUGUCCGUCCAGCGGCAGUAUGGAGACCUACCCCCGCUCACCCUCGACACCAUCCUUGACCGGGUCAUCUACGUUCUCAAACUGUACGACAAGAUCAACCCUGAGAAGCUGCAAGCGUCGUCUCACUUCCUGAAGGACCUGGGUCUGGACAGUCUUGACCAGGUGGAGAUCAUCAUGGCCAUGGAGGAUGAGUUUGGCUUCGAGAUCCCUGACAGUGAGGCAGAGAAGCUGAUGUGUCCUCAGGACAUAGUUCACUACAUCGCUGACAAGAAGGAUGUUUACCUGUGAGUAACUCUCCUCUCUUCC